UCUCUUGAGUCUGUAGGAACCUUUUAAAUGAUUUAGUUAAUUCUCCUGAGACUGUAGGAGCUAUAGAAAAAGUGUUUAUAGCUUGGUUCAGUCCUCUUGAGUCUAUAAGAAUCAUUCAAGAAAGAGGUUUAGUCCGUUCUCGUGAGACUGUAGGAGCCAUAGAUGUGUAAUUAUAGGCUUAAUCCUGUUCUCUGGAGUCUGUAGGAAUUGUUUAAGAAACAAUUUAGUCCGUUCAUCAAGAGACUGUAGUAGCAGAGGCUUGGUCCUUUCUCUUUAUGUCUGUAGGAAUUGUGUGAAAGAAACAAUUUAGACCAGUAAUCAAGAGAUUGUAGAAGCAUAAGCUUGGUCCUUUCUCUUUUUGUUUGUAGGAAUUGUGUAAAAAAAAAAAAAAAAAAAACAAUUUAGUCCAUUUCUCCAGAGACUGUAGGAGUCAUAGAUAGAAUUGGGACUGAUGUUGCUGCAAGAAUUGGGAAUUCUUGACUGGGUGCUAAUUCAGUAGCCACUAAUGUAGAUUUAAAUUAAUGUUCAAACCGAAUUAGAAGAUGAUGGCAUAAAACCAUGAAACUAUAAGUUUGUUUGCCUUCCAUAAAAAUACAGAAAAAAAUAUAUAUAUAUAAUGUAAAUUGUCUAAGGGACAAAUUUGAAAAAGGCAUUCAGCCUUCUGAGCUAGAACUCAAUUCAGACAUUAAACAAGGAAAAUUAGCCUGAAUGUAAAUGUUUCGUUUUAAAUGGAAGAUUGAAAACUAAGCUGAGCUUUUAAACUAAUGAUUUGUCUGUGUAACUGAAAAUGGUCAGUCUAACAGACUGCUGUGAAUUUAAAUCUGAAUAAGUACCUUUAACAGUUCUAACACCUUUUGUUCUGUUUUCACACCUCUGAGGGCACUUUUCCUGUAUUCGCCAUGGCUGAGUCUGCACAAAACAAAGGCAAUAGUCAUGCAUUGAGGCCAACAACAGAAAGACAUGGAACAGAACCUCCAAAUGUUACCAUUGAUCAGAUGUUGGAGAAUCUGAAUGCAUAUCUGGACAAAAGGCUGGGACUGAGGAAGUGCCAUGAUGACAUCUGCCAGAAGUACAGCAUCAAGUACUCAGAGAGUGGACUAUGGGCUUUGCCGGACAUUAAAAGGGCUUAUGGAAAGAUGCAGCGCUUAAGGACAUACACCAACAGAGAUGGCUUGUCUGUAAUUUUGCUCAAACAAAUUCGACAGCAUCUACAGAGAUGUGAAACUGACAAAUUACAACAUGAGAAAAAAGCAGAGAAAGCAAAGGUUCGAGCACUGGCUGAACAAUUACAGACUGUAAAGAAGGACAAAGAAAGACUGUUACAUCAGAAUGACAAGUUGUUAACUUUGCUCUCCAAACGACUGGAAUCAAAAGCUUCAAGCAGCUCUGAUAACAGUGAUGCAGAUAUCAACACACAUACUGAAAUUACAAAGGACAAACUGAAGGUUAGACUUGCUCCUGUAAUUAUUAAGAACAGAAGAACUGAAACUGAAAAUGAAGAGGAGUAUGAGGAAGAUGGUGAACGACGAACUCGCACAGUAAAAAAGGUAAUAAAGAAAUAUGUUCCAUACAGAACAUACCAGCCAGCUACUCCAGAGCAAGUUGACAAAUGGUCAAAAGAAUUGCCAGAUGUGUACAAGCAACCACGGAAAGUAUGGCAAUUUCUUCAACGCUUGCAGAAAAUCUACAAUUUACAUCCACUGGACAGUGUGAUGAUUGUUAAUGUGAACUUAAGAGACAAUGACCAACAACGACUUACAGAAAGUGUUGAAAGAAGGAUUGGUGAAUCUCAAGAAAACAUUGAAGCUGGAUGGGAAGCGGUUCAAACCUUCUUAUUUGAACUGAAACCUGCAGAGGUUAAUUGGGCUAAAAUUACCUCUUGUGUGCAGAAGACAGGAGAAAGUGUUGCAGAAUUUGAAGAACGCUUCAGACAAACUUGGAUGGAACAUGCUGGUUUGAACAACAACAUUGAAGAACUCUGUGAAGACACUAGCAUCCCUUUUAAAACCAUAUUUGUGAAUGGACUGAAACCUGAGGUUUCUAAAACUCUUAAAAUCAGGUAUGAUGACUGGGACAGCACUGGAACAACAUUUAUGCAGAUUGUAGAAUGGUCAGCAAAGAUUGAAAGAACACAGGAAGUCGAUCUCAGAGUUUUACAAUCCAAAACCUUGUCAUACAACAACAGGACAAUGGGAUACGAAAAAAGUGAAUAUCAGAGACACUCAAGAGAGAAAACUCAGGAAAGAUUUAGACAUUGCAACGAGGAAGGACACUGGAUUCAUGAUUGUAAGCUGAGUUUGAGACAAAGUGAUGACGACCACCUGUUGAAGAGGUUUCAGCAGUUGACAGCCAAACAAAAACAGACUCUGCUAAAUGCUGUGGAGCCACAGGGAAACUGAAGAACCUCUCUCUGCAGCACCAGCUAGUGACAUCUUAUCCAAAAGCUGAUGGACUCCAUGAAACCUCAACAACUGAAGCCACAGAGGAUGUCCUAGUAGACAGUGCUGCUAAACAAGCCGUAAAGGAGAGAGGUAAACAUGCAGCGGCAUUAAGACAACUUCAGCAAAACUCACAAACUGUUCUACAUAGUAAACAGAUUCAAAUUGAAUUUGCCAGGAAACAAUCAUCAUUGUUAAUGGAAGAUGUAAAAAAACAUGAUGACAACCGAUGCCUUAAGGAAAACCACAAGGAAAAUGCACUAUGCCCUUUUGAACAUGUCACAGGCCGGCCCAUGUCCACUGAAAAUCUAACAUCUGACAGCCUUGUCCAAACUGAUGAAAGACUCAGUCUGGCAGUACACAAUGCCAAGAAUCAAGUUUUGGCACCUCCAAAAGGGAGCCAUGGUUUAGUGCCCAACAAAUGGGUAAAGAUUAAAAAAACUGAUGUGUCGCAACAAGAAUACAGAUGGGAAAGACCAAUUGAGGAUCUUUUAGUAACUGACACAGCAGUUAAGGCACAGGGAAACAAUGAGUGGAUUGAUGUGAAUUUGCCUAGAGAUGAGGGAUAGAUGGCAGUAGUGUUUUUCAGAGUCCAAAUAUGGUGGGACUAGAGUUUUUAGGCUCUAGCUUGUCGCCUGAGGACGAAGACAUGAACAUUUCACCACUGAUAAACACUGUAGUGUCCUGCCAACAUUAAAUAGGGACAGUUAUAUUGGUAAUUAGGCAUAUUUUGUUUAAACUAUUUCUUUGGAAAGAUUUGUUUCCCUUUUCUCUGGUGUGAUUGUAGGUGUCCCAGCGUUUCAGAGGAUGAGCAAAGAUAUCCAACGCUUGGACCAAACUGCACUGGCCACCUAGAUAAACAUGCCUUAACAUCCACAGAACACAACAACAUUCGUCACUUCCACAAGAUCGCAACAUUAAAAUAAAAAAAAAGAACUUAGGCAUUAAAGAUAAUGCAAACCUCACCAUGAACUCUUAUUCUGUCAUCUUAAGUAAUGGAGCCUGUAUGCAGCAUUCUGUAUUCAUGAUUACUGAAAAGUAUUGCAAGAAGGAACCUGUAUACAGCAUGUGUACAUGACUACUAAAAUUAUAACUGUUUUGUAUGUUCUUUCUAUUAUGUGUGAUCAAAAAUGAUCAAAGGGGGGAUUGAAAGAUUAUUUGUUUUUAAUUAACUUUGGUUGGAUGUAUUUGGAAUCAACUGUAGGCAACUGUACUUUGUUCACAAUAGUGUGAAACAACUGGCCCAUAUAAUCAGCCUCUUAGGUCAACAUCAAGUCAUUGAAUGGGCUCUCCAUGGGAGAGAUCCUUUCAAGUCACCAAAAGGUUACACUAUCAUUGUCUCUCCAUGGGGUGUUAUUGUAUUGUUUGUAGCACAUUUGUUAACAGGUAUAAAGGUCUGGUCUCACAGACAGUACCUUGGGUUAAGAUUGUAUGAAGGAUGACAUGCUAACAUCACUGCUGAAGAACUGCUACACUACUACCUUCAAUAAAUUCUUCUCCCCAUAA